CGUUGCAGUCACUAGUCGAUCAUUUUGUCAUUGGGCUCUUUUUCUUCAUUGAGGUUGCGUGUUUCCUACAACAUAGUUUCUGAAAAGCUUCAGUUUCACAUACAACAUCGAAGAAGGAUUGUAAGCAAUAAGAAUUUUUCGAGCGCCAUCUGCGGAUCCGCGGACCUACCCCAGUUUUUCAUUUGCCAGGUUUUCUUUGCCCAGCAAAUAUCUGUGCAGGAAACAAUUCAGCAGCAUCGUCUUUUGAUGGAAGGGCUUCAACCGCAAUUCGUUCAUACUUGCCGUUAUUAGACGACCGGCCCUUUUGGUUCAAUCGGUUCCAUAUUCUAGACCACCCGUGCCGUGAUUUGUUUUGCCUCGCAUACCUCGGUAGUACAAUCAAAUUUCCCGACACACCAUUUCACUUCUUUUGAAAUAUGGACCCAAUCAGUGCUGUAGGUAUAGCUCUCAGUGUAGCGUCCUUGGCUGGUCAAGUGUUUACAGGAUGCAUUCAAGGGAUUCAAUUCAUUAUCACAGCAAAGAAUGUCCCUGAAGAGUCAAAAUACUACAAUUUGAGACUGCGGAUGGAACAGCAAAGAUUAUUUGCAUGGAGUGAAACUUCCGGUCUGCUAGACCUUGAUAAUCUAAAUGAUCAAAAAAUUCGCGAAUCCAAUACAUUUGUCAUCCAUCGAACCACCAUCCUAGACCUUCUUGUUCAAAUCCAAUGCUUGUUCAAAGAAUUCGAGAAUUCCCAGAGGAAGAAUAAGCACCUCAAAGUUAUCCCUGACUUCGUGUCAGAUGAGAAUUCUAUCGAUGAUCCAGCUAAAGAUGCCUCCAGUGCUCAUGUACCAUUGUCCGAAUCGAGAAGGCAAUUCAUAAUGAAAGCUAUGAAAUCCUUCAAGACCAAUACCACGGAUCAAAUCACUGAGGGGGCGCGGCGUCUUUGGUGGACAGCCUUUGACAAGGAAGCAUUUGAGAUUCUUCUUCAACGUUUCUCCACUCUCAACGAUAAUAUGACGGAUAUCCUUGAUACCCGUUUGCAAACCGAGAUUCAUCGGACGACUCAGGAUACAAACCGAGGUGUAUUACAACUUCACAAAAAUCUUUCUUCUUUAUGCCAAUUGGUAAUGGCCCUGAAUAUCAAGCUGGAUGCUCGAACGUAUCACACACCAUCGAUUCCUCAUGAUUAUGCGGAUGACAACAAUUCGGGCUUAAAACUCUUGUCCCAGCUUGCCAAAUUCAAAGCAUUUAACGAAUCAAUUAAUCCCACGACUGGAAGUUUAACAUGGGAUGAGGCGACUGGAAAUGCUCUUUCGCUGGGGAGACCAAAUGAUGAAAGGAUGAGUCUCGAAAUUGCUAAGUCUAGCAUUCAACUUGCUCUUGAAGAGGAUUCGAUAGAUGGAGAUGCCAUUAGGUGUGAGGCUACAUAUUCCCACGAUGGUAUUGACGAACCAGUAUGGAUUGAAUGGAAAGAGUAUGAUUGUACUCCUGGUGCUACCUCUCCAUCCCCCCUCAUAGUGGACCGCGUCCAGAAACUUGCUGCACUCCUUCAUCACGAACCGAAACCGGAAGCUUUCCGAGUUCCUCAUUGUCUUGGAUAUUUUGAUAACCUUACCUCCGAGCUUAAUUCUCCCUCUUCCGACUCCGAAGAAGAUGAACCUCCUGAGGCACGUAUUGGAAUUGUCUUUCGGAAGCCACAAUCAAUUGAGACCUCCCCUACCUCUCUUAUCCAAUUAUUCUCGAACUGCCCCAAACCUCGAAUAACUGAUCGUAUAAAAUUAGCUCAUGCCUUAUCUAAUUGCCUAUUAUAUCUACAUUCCGUGAAUUGGCUUCACAAAGGAUUUCGAUCGCAUAAUAUAGUAUUUUUCCCAGUCACAUCGAACGAUGGUAAACGUCAAAUUGUGAACUGGGAUCAAGUAUAUUUGAGUGGCUUUGAUUUUGCUCGACCAGCUAGAAAGGAUGAAACGACAGAGAUACCAGGAGAUGGUGAAGAGCAUAAUAUGUAUAGACAUCCUAGUACUCAAAAUAUUGGAUUCGGUCCAAGAGAGAGCUACCGAAAAAGCUUCGAUAUAUAUAGUUUUGGUGUGGUAUUAGUUGAAUUAUGUUUCUGGAAAUCAAUAACCGAGAUCAUGACUGAGAUCAGUAGACGACCUUCAAAGAGAGCGAAGAAUGUACAAGAAAUUCUUAUGGGUGAAGAGAUGCUGUCGAGAAUAGGAGGUGAAAUGGGUGAAAUAGUGGAAGAGGUCGUGAAGAGAUGUAUAGUCGGUGGUAAAGAGCUAGGGGUAGAGGAUGGAGAAGAUGAAAUGGGCGACGAAAGAGUUGCCUCAAAACUUGGAAUGAGAUUUUUCGAAAAUGUAGUCAAAAAGCUGGGCGAUGUCAAAGUCUAAAAAAGGACGUACCUUGGAGUAUCAAUACAUAUGAAAGUCCAAACUGAACCAAACUGAACAGAAUAUCCCAUAAUCCCACUUUUCGGUUGAAUCCUGAAACAUUUCGAAACAGCAC